AUGGCCCAGUUCUUCCGCGGCAAGGACGAGGACCUCGAGAAAGCCACGCAGGUGGACAAUUCCCCCGUCGACUCCAACCUCAGCAAUGAGGUGAACGACCGUGCCAGCGAUGGUGCCGUGCCGGGCGAAAGCUUUGAGUACGGCAACUCGUGGUACGCGCGCAUCCAGCGCGUCGCAGGGCGGUUUCAUGUCGAGCAGCGUGGCAUCGAGCGCGUCCCCGAGAACGAGCGCACGGAUACCUCCUACUUGAAUAUUGGCAGCAUGUGGCUGGCUGCCAACAUGGUCGUGAGCUCGUUCGCCAUUGGCGUUCUGGGCAAUUCGCUGUUUGAGUUGGGGUUUGCCGACGCGAUGCUCGUCUGCCUCUUCUUUAACCUCCUCGGCGUCCUGACCGUGUGCUUCUUCUCGUGCUUCGGUCCCGCGUUCGGCUUGCGCCAGAUGGUGCUGUCGCGUUUCUGGUUUGGAUGGUGGGCCGUGAAAGGCAUUGCCAUCCUCAACGUCCUGGCCUGUGUCGGCUGGUCCGCUGCCAACGCCAUCGUCGGCGCCCAGCUCCUCAACGCGGUCAACACCAACGUCCCCGGUUACGCCGGCAUCCUCAUCAUCACUUUCUGCACGCUCUUCAUCACCUUCUCCGGGUACAAGGUGGUCCACAUGUAUGAAUUCUGGAGCUGGAUUCCGACCACCAUUGUGUUCAUUAUCGUCCUGGGCACCUACGCUCACUCCGGGGACUGGGUCAAUCUGCCCAUGGGCGUCGGCAAGUCCGAACUGGGAAACUGCCUAUCCUUCGGUUCGACGGUGUACGGUUUCGCGACAGGCUGGACGAGCUACGCUGCCGAUUACACCGUGUACCAGCCCGCAAACCGCAGCCGCCGCAUGGUCUUCGCGGCGACCUGGCUCGGUCUGAUCGUCCCACUGCUCUUCACCCAGUUCCUGGGCAUCGCCGUCUACACCUCUACGUCGCUGAACGAUCAACACAACAAGUAUUACGUCGGAUACCAGACGUCUGGCAACGGCGGCCUCCUCGGCGCAGUCCUCGAGCCCCUCGGCGGCUUCGGCAAAUUCUGCCUCGUGAUCCUCGCCCUUUCCAUCAUCGCCAACAACUGCCCGAACAUCUACUCCGUCUCCCUCACCCUGCAAGUCCUGAGCCGCUACACGCAGCGCGUGCCCCGCUUCAUCUGGACCUUCCUCGCCUCGUGCGUGUCCCUCGCAAUCGCCAUUCCGGGCUACAGCCACUUCGAGAUCGUCCUCGAGAACUUCAUGAACCUGAUCGCCUACUGGCUGGCCAUCUACUCGGGCAUUGCUAUCGCCGACCACUUCGUCUUCCGCCGCGGCUUCGGCGGCUAUCGCCCCGAGCAGUACGACAAGCGCCACAAGCUGCCCCUGGGCAUCGCGGCGACGCUGGCGUUCGGGUUUGGUGUUGCCGGUAUGGUGACGGGGAUGAGUCAGACGUGGUGGAUUGGCCCGAUUGCCAAACAUGCGGGUGCUUUGCCCUUUGGUGGGGAUGUCGGCUUUGAGCUGGGCUUCGCCUUCUCGUUUACGUCGUAUUGCUUGAUGCGCCCGCUUGAGAUUCGGUAUUUCGGGAGGUGA